AUGCCUAGUCUCAAUAAUACAGGCAGUGCAGCUGCCAUAGUUGUCGGAGUUGCUGUCGUCGCAGUUCCUGCUCUUGUUGCCGGGCCACUGCUCGGUGCUCUCGGCUUUGGUGCCGCUGGUAUCACUGCAGGCUCGGCCGCUGCUGGUAUUCAGAGCGGAAUAGGCAGCGUAGUCGCCCCGGGCAUCUUCGCAACCCUUCAAUCUGCUGGCGCUGGAGGCUAUGGUGUCGCCGCAGUGCACACUGUUGUCCAAGCAGUUGGUGCACUGGUCGCUGCUGGUGGUGUGGCCGGAACCCAGGCCCAAGGCGGAGACGAAGAUGGAAAUGAAGAUGAAGAUAACGAUGGCAAAAAGGACUAA